AUGAUUAGCAUGUUCUGGUAUGCUAAUGCACUGCCAUUUAAUUCUGCAAGCUCAGACUUCUACCCACAGAUGGUAGCUUCUAUAGCUGAGGCAGGGCCAGGUGUUAACGGUCCAACUACGAAGGAGCUUGUAGGGCCAUGUUUAGAAGCUGUUGUUCAUGAUGUUGAUAAGCCUAUUGCACAGUUCAAGGUUUGUUGGCCAGGUACAAGAGUGACCAUCAUGACUGACGAUUGGAAGGACAAGUUCCAUAGGUAUCUUGUUAAUUUUUUAAUAGGUUGCCUUAGGGGCAUUGUUUACCACUCUAGCAUUGAUUUAUCAAGAAAGAGACAUACUGGAAGACUGAUAUGCGCCCACCUAGACAAAAUUGUAAAUGAGGUUGGGCCUAAAAACGUGGUCCAAGUAGUGACUGAUAAUGCUGCGAAUUACAGAAAAGCAGGCUUGUUGCUAAUGGAGAGAAGACCCAAUCUUUAUUGGCCUCCUUGUGCUGCCUGUUGUAUUAAUUUGAUGCUCAAGGAAAUAGAGAAGCUGAAGAGGGUUAGAUAUUGUAUUUUGAAGAUCAAGUUGAUUACAAGGUUUAUAUACAAGCACACGUACCUCCAUGCUUUAAUGAGGGAGCAUUGCAUGCGAGAGAUUGUCAGGGAGUCCACUGCUAGAUUCGCUACAACAUUCCUUACGAUACAAUCGAUAUUGGUAAACAAGGCAGGAUUGAGGUCAAUGAUAUGCUCUAAUGAAUGGAAUACUGAUAUGGCAGCAAUGAGUCAACUUGGAAGGCAGGUUGAAACUACCCUUCUCGAUCGGAGGUUCUGGGCUCGAUGUAACCAUGUUGUUUCUGUAACUGAACCUUUAGUAUGGGUGUUGAGGUUAUGUGACUCUGAUGAUAAACUCACAAUGAGGUUUCUGUUCGAUGCAAUGAGAUGUGCAAGGGCAGUUAUAUUUGAGAAUAACAUAUGGAAUGAAGAGAUAUUGGAGAUUGUUGAUCGUCGGUGGAGAGACCAACUGUACCAGGAUAUCCAUGCAGCAGAUAUGACCUUGAUGUGCCCAGACUUCGAGGCUCUCGACCGGAAAUUCGAAGAAAUCAAUAUACGUAGGACGCAGCUGAAGCGAUUGAGAAAGAUGUUGGCAUAG